AUGGACGGGCUGGGCUGGGCCGCGGAGCCCGGCGGAGGGCCGGACGAUGGGGCGGACGAUGGGGCAGGCGAGCCCCGCUGGCCCUGGUCCCUCGAGAAGGGUACAGUCCACCUGGCAGAGCCGCGCUUUGGAACACCCCCGGCCAGCCCGCAGCCGACCCCCGCGGGCCUGCCCACCCUCCUGGCCUACCGGCCCGAGUCCUCCCAGCUAACCGUACAGCACGAGCUGCAGGCAGAGGAGGAUGCUGAGCCAACCUGCGAGUACUGUGGCAACCUGCUGAGGCCGUUCCCCUUCUCUGAGGACAUCACUGUCUCCGAGGAGCAGGCAGACAGAUUCUGCUGCGAGCGCAGCCGAGAGCUCUAUGAGUUCAUCACCAAGGAGAGGAAGAGGCUCGAGGAUGCCAGCAGCCUUCCCGGAGCUGUCAGCAUCCAGGAACCACUCGGCUCUGAAACCAGCCUGCUGCUGUCACAGGAGCAAGAGAACCGCAGGCAGCAGAAAAGACAGCUGGCCAGAGAGUUGGCUGACCAGUCUUUAAAGCCGAGUGCCACUGAAGGUUCACAGCAAGCUGGAUCCAUUUCCUACGAGCUUUCCCUGGAACUCACAUCUCCCAAAAGCGGGAUCCCAGAGACUGUUGUGAUUGCAGCUGAGCCCGAGCCUGAGCCCCAGCACAAGGAGGAGCCUGAGCCAGAGCCCCAGUCUGAGGAGAAACCCAAGCUGGAGCCCUGGCCCAAGGAGGAGCCUGAGCCAGAGCCCCAGUCUGAGGAGAAACCCAAGCUGGAGCCCUGGCCCAAGGAGGAGCCUGAGCCAGAGCCCCAGUCUGAGGAGAAACCCAAGCUGGAGCCCUGGCCCAAGGAGGAGCCUGAGCCAGAGCCCCAGUCUGAGGAGAAACCCAAGCUGGAGCCCUGGCCCAAGGAGGAGCCUGAGCCAGAGCCCCAGUCUGAGGAGAAACCCAAGCUGGAGCCCUGGCGGCCCAAGGAGGAGCCCAGACUUGAGAAGGAGCCCUGGCCCAAGGAGGAGCCCAGUCUCGAGAAGGAACCCUGGCCCAAGGAGGCACCCAGUCCUGACAAGGAGCCCCAGCACGAAGAGGAGCCUGAGCCAGAGCCCCAGUCCGAGAAGGAGCCUGCGCCCGAGCCCAAGGCCCAGCCUGAAGAGAAGCCCAAGCCCAAGAAAGAGCCCAAGCACAAGGAGCCCGUAUCCCGCGGUGUCCUCCACUAUGAUUUCAGUCUCCUGGGGAAGAAGGUGGGGAAGGCUAAAUUGGUGCAGAAGUACUACAAAAACGGAAAGAAAUUCCUUACCAUGCUCCCAGACGGAACCUCGCAGUUAUUCUAUCCAUCUGGAAACCUGGCCAUCAACAUUAUAAGAGGGAGGGACCAGCUGACUUGCAUAGUACAGGAAGAUGAGCUGAGGACAACCAAAAUCCGAGCACUGUUUCAGUCGGACGGCAGCAGCACGUGCUAUUACCCAAACGGAGAUGAGUGGAUAAAUAUGAGUAUCCAGGGUGGGCAGUAUUUGGACCAAGCAGGCAACAGGGUCAGAAGGUGGAUGUGGCCAGAACUGUCACCAGGACCCCAGGCGCCUCUGAGCCCCAUUUUCAUCUCCCUGAACCGCCACGUGGGGGUCAGGAUCCUGGCCCAGGACAAGAUCUUCGUCUCCUUCCUCGCCAAGGGGCGACAAGCAAAAUUCAACAUGGGAACCAAAGUGCAGGUCGGCGCUGGCAGCCAGCUGCCUCCUCCUGCCCGGCUGGGAGAGGAUGAGCUCCUGCUGCUCGCCUUCCGCGUGAGGAUCCUGCAGCUCUUCGACAGGAUGCGGGGAUGCCUCAACUUCCCCUCCAGCGAGCAGUGGAACAAAAUGCAGCCUCCUAUGUACCUCAUGACCCAGGCUGUGAAGAUUCUGGAGCUCUGCAUGGCUGCUGACAUCAGUGAUGAGCUGCGCAGCUCCAUCAAGGCAAUAGUAAACGCACAGUAGCCCUGACCAGUGUGUGUGUGUGGUGUAAGGCAAAAUGAGCCAGAGAUAUCCCUGAUGCUGUGGCACCUGCACGUGCUCACCAAGGUUUCUCCUCUGGGCCUGCCCUGCCCUGGUGCAGAGAUUGGGCACAGCCCCCAAUGGGCCUUGCUCAGGGCAGGCAGUGCCAGUCCACACUGACACCGUGGUCAGGGAGGCAGGAGAGGGCUUUACUCGGGUAGAGCAGUCCUGUGCUCCACAGCAGUGCACUGCUCCUCAGCAGCCUCCCUUCUGUCUCCAGCCCUGCUCAGCACUCACUUCAGCCCUUGGGUAAGGCACAAGGUAAAAACAAAGAGCACAGCCAAGCCAGAGCUUGGGACAGGUACACAGGCAGGUGUUUGCUCUGCCACUCCUGACAAGAAGGAAUGCCCCAAGAGAUCCCGGUGUCCGUGCCCACAGCAGCUCAGCCGGCUGCAGGUACAAGACAAGGUGCAGAGAGUAACAAAUGCCCUCAGAGUGCCCAAAGCAAUCACCUGUGCUUGGCUCCAGGGAGCACCAGCUGCAGCCUGGGAUGGGCUCUGGUUCAAGCACUGCAAACACCGACCUGUCAGUGUGUGUUUAAAGGCCUGUGGUGUUGCAGUGAGGAACCGCCCAGCCGUUCAGAGCUGCCUUUGAAACUCGGGGUUCAGCUGCCCAGCUUCCCCCAGGGAGGGCACACCUGAACUGUGGCAGGUGCCUGAAGGAUAAGGCCAAGCCCCAUGUGCCUCUUCCAGCACUGGCAGUUCUCAGGGGCUUACACACCACAACUACAAGGCCAGGAACUGGAAAGUUGGCUUUUUAUGUAGUUUUUC